CGGACCCAGCUGUCAGGCAAGCCCAGUGGAACAAAAUGAGAGCACAGUGAGCCGGCCCAGCCUCUCUCCAGCCUUCCCCGACGCCCACCAUGAACCAUUUGGAGGGGUCCGUGGAGGUGACCGACGAGGCGGCAGGCGGGGAGGUGAACGAGUCGGUGGAGGCCGAUCUGGAGCACCCCGAGGUGGAGGGGGAACAGCAGCACCCCGCCCCGCCACAGCAGCAGCACCAUGCGGGCCUUCACCCGCGCGAGCGCGCCCUCGAGGACCUUAGGGCCCAGCUGGGGCAGCAGGAGGAGGAGGAUCGCGGAGAGAGCCUGGCGCGCUCGGCGAGAGGCUUCCACAACCACACGGACACUGCCGAGGGUGACGUGAUCACCGCGGCGCGCGACGGCUACGACGCAGAGCGUGCGCAGGACCCCGCACAGGACCCCGAGGACGAGAGCGCCUACGCGGUGCAGUACCGGCCCGAGGCGGAGGAGUACACGGAGCAGGCGGAGGCCGAGCACGCCGAGGCCACGCACCGCCGCGCCCUGCCCAACCACCUGCACUUCCACUCGCUGGAGCACGAGGAGGCCAUGAACGCGGCCUACUCGGGCUACGUCUACACGCACCGGCUGUUCCACCGCGGCGAGGACGAGCCCUACGCCGAGCCCUACGCCGACUAUGGUGGCCUCCAGGAGCACGUGUACGAGGAGAUCGGGGACGUGCACGGGCGCGACGCCCUGCGGCUCUAGGAGCAGGAGCGAGACGAGGCGGCCGCCUACCGCCAGGAGGCCCUGGGCGCGCGGUUGCACCACUACGACGAGCGCUCCGACGGCGAGUCCGACAGCCCAGAGAAGGAGGCCGAGUUCGCGCCCUACCCGCGCAUGGACAGCUACGAGCAGGAGGAGGACAUCGACCAGAUCGUGGCUGAGGUCAAGCAGAGCAUGAGCUCGCAGAGCCUCGACAAGGCAGCCGAGGACAUGCCUGAGGCUGAGCAGGACCUGGAGCGCGCCCCCACCCCAGGCGGGGGCCACCCCGACAGCCCUGAGCUGCAGGCGCCUGCUGGGCAGCAGCGGGCCGGCCCCACGGGCGGCGGCGAGGCAGGGCAGCGGUACAGCAAAGAGAAGAGAGAUGCCAUCUCGCUGGCCAUCAAGGACAUCAAGGAGGCCAUCGAGGAGGUGAAAACCAGGACCAUCCGUUCGCCUUACACCCCCGACGAGCCCAAAGAGCCCAUCUGGGUCAUGCGCCAGGACAUUAGCCCCACCAGGGACUGUGACGACCAGAGGCCAGUGGACGGAGAUUCUCCGUCUCCUGGCAGCUCGUCGCCCCUGGGUGCAGAGUCAUCGAGUACACCCCUCCAUCCCAGCGACCCUGCAGAAGCCUCCACAAAUAAAGAGUCAAGAAAAAGCUUGGCUUCAUUCCCAACCUACGUUGAAGUUCCUGGACCUUGUGACCCCGAAGACUUGAUCGAUGGAAUCAUUUUUGCUGCCAAUUACCUUGGCUCCACCCAGCUGCUCUCAGACAAAACUCCCUCCAAAAACGUGCGCAUGAUGCAGGCCCAGGAAGCAGUGAGCAGGAUCAAGAUGGCCCAGAAAUUAGCCAAAAGCAGGAAGAAGGCUCCUGAAGGUGAAUCUCAGCCAAUGACUGAAGUGGAUCUCUUCAUUUCUACCCAGAGAAUCAAAGUGUUGAAUGCUGAUACACAGGAGACCAUGAUGGACCACCCCCUGAGGACCAUCUCCUACAUCGCAGACAUCGGGAACAUCGUCGUGCUGAUGGCCCGCCGGCGAAUGCCCCGCUCCAACUCUCAGGAGAACGUGGAAGCCUCCCACCCAUCCCAGGAUGGAAAACGGCAGUACAAGAUGAUCUGCCAUGUCUUUGAGUCAGAAGACGCCCAGCUGAUUGCGCAGUCCAUCGGACAAGCGUUUAGCGUGGCGUACCAGGAAUUCCUCAGGGCCAAUGGGAUUAACCCCGAAGAUCUCAGCCAGAAGGAAUAUAGUGACCUGCUCAAUACCCAGGACAUGUACAAUGAUGACCUGAUCCACUUCUCCAAGUCAGAAAACUGCAAAGAUGUUUUCAUAGAGAAGCAGAAAGGAGAAAUCCUAGGUGUGGUGAUUGUGGAGUCUGGCUGGGGAUCCAUCCUGCCAACUGUGAUCAUAGCCAACAUGAUGCACGGAGGCCCAGCCGAGAAAUCGGGGAAGCUGAAUAUCGGGGACCAGAUUAUGUCUAUUAAUGGCACCAGCCUGGUGGGCCUGCCUCUCUCCACCUGCCAGAGCAUUAUUAAGGGCUUGAAGAAUCAGUCUCGAGUGAAGCUGAACAUCGUGAGGUGUCCUCCAGUAACCACCGUGUUAAUCAGAAGGCCAGACCUUCGCUACCAGUUGGGGUUCAGCGUCCAGAAUGGGAUUAUCUGCAGCCUCAUGCGAGGGGGCAUAGCCGAGAGAGGAGGUGUCCGCGUCGGACAUCGGAUCAUUGAAAUCAACGGGCAGAGCGUGGUGGCCACCCCCCACGAGAAGAUCGUGCACAUUCUCUCCAAUGCUGUCGGGGAGAUCCACAUGAAGACGAUGCCAGCCGCCAUGUACCGCCUGCUGACGGCGCAGGAGCAGCCCGUUUACAUCUGAGCCCGCGGCCUCGCCCGUCCGUGGGGCGGCGGCGUGCAUGGAGGACUCUCCUCAUCGUGGUUGUGUUUCUCGUAUGCAUCCGUGUGUCCACUGAGACAUUUCCCUCUCGCACCCGGCUUCGGUUUUACACAGGAAGAGAAGGAUCUGCAGGGACCUCUGUGCUCUCCGUCUCUCUCCAGUUUGCAUUUUUGUUUUAAUACCAGGGAAAUUUCCUAUGUGCUCCCUUGAGGAUGGAGAGCAGCCAGUGUCCACCCAGGUCCAUCGGGGGGGGGAGGGGCUCCCGGGGUCAUGAUGUGGUCUCCCACUGACUGGGGAGAAUUGUCCCUUCCCGAGGGGCGGCAAUGGAGCCAACUCAGCAGUGCCUCAGCAUCCACGCGGGAUCUCUGCUCUCCACGUCAGUGUGUGGGAAUGGGGGAGUGGCGGGGGCCACGGCGUUAGGAUAUGCACUGCCGCCGAGUGGUCGGGGGCCACACUUUAUUUCCGCCCAGAAUUUCUGAGCCAACCUUACACCUCUUCCGUAGCUUGUUUUCGUUUCAAUGUCCUCGUGUUUUCUAAUAUGAGCUUUCUUACCCCAGGAUACACAGAAAGUCAUGGCCUCAGGUAAGGCCGCCAGAGAGCUUCGCCAAGGUCGUCCUGAGGGUCCCAACCAUUGAGUGAACACAGGCAGGACACCUGCCUCUCUAUAUAUGCGUCUCUCUCUGUGUCUCUCUCUCACACACGCACGCACGCACGCACGCACAGUCUCAUGUGCAUAUCAUCCUUCCCCCCACCCACCACCAGUAAGGCAAGCUGAAGAUCAGGUGUGCCGAGCACCAGGAAAGCCCACAGCACCUCUCUGGCACCUCUUCCCCUGCAGGUGCUUGGGCAUGCAGAGCCAGCCAGCCUCGUCCUGAGAGAGAGGUCCCUGUGGGGCUGAGGUCUGACCUACGUCGGCUCCAAGUUGGCUCUUACUGGACUCUCCUUGCCCCCCCACCAAACACACACACUGGGAGUCUAGGAAGGUGGGACUGUUCAGAUCCAGGUGCAAUCGUGUCACGUCUGCAGGCCAAGGCGAGACCAGCUUGCUUCUCUGCUCAGGGCCACUUGGCAGGAUGUGAUCUCUGAAAGGCCAGGACAGCACCUAAGCCACAAAAUGAAGGGGAAACGAUGACCUCAGGUUAUGCCUAAGAAUCCCCAAAUGUGUUCCAGAAAUGGUAUCUUGCGGCCUCAUGGGUGUGAGCGUCUCCAACGGGUAUGGAAUGUUCUGUUUCCAUCAGGUGCCUCAUUUACGGAUUCCGUCUCGGGUCUGUGCACGUGUUAGUGAUAUUCUUCUUCUGAGCCAAUUUUCACUUAUUCUUGGUCCAAAGAGCAUUUUGUUUUCAUGUGGGGUGUGGUUUGUUUUUGUUUUUGUUUUGUUUCAUUCAUGACCUCAGUAGAGACAGGGAAGAGAAGCUAAUAUAUUUUGUAAUGUUAAUAGAGCCCCUGUUCUCUGCACUUGCGAUAUUUAUAUUGUGUCUGUGGAAAUAGGAAUUCAGCGAGUGAAAUGGCGGGUCGGAUGUGUUUGUAUAGAGAAUGUAGGGGUUUCAGGGAGGGACUGCAAAAGUGGCUAUCACAAGAUUAGAAACCAGAGAUUCCACCAGCGAGAACACGGCCAGUUCCUCGGGACCCCCGCACCGUCUGAGUUUUCUGCUCAGGGUCGGGAAGGGACAUGUUUCCGAGGAAUCAGAGCUGAGCACUCAGUUUCACUAUUAAGAAAAACUCUGAUGACGCGUGGCUGCCACUGCCCCCGGCUCCUGUCUAGACAGGAACGCCCCCGGCUCCUCCAGUGAACGCUGCCUGGUGGGGCCCGGGAGCCAGCAAAGGCCAUCCAGGGCCUCUGGAUGCCUAAGAGGAUGCUGCAGGGAUCCCCAAAGGCGACUCCUCCCUAGUGCGAGGACCAGGGACCACGGCCCAGACGGGCAGCGUGCCUCUCCUGAAAUACCCAAAUGUCGUGUCUGGAAUCGCAUUCAGUACUAGAGAGUUUCCGGUUCUUACUUCUUCUGUCGAAAAGAGACCGUGGCUAGAAAAGGAAUUAAGGUAUGGGUGGUCUUUCAGGCAUCAGGAAGGUCAGUGGGAAAUCAUUGGACGGGCUCACACCUGUCUGCUCCCAGGGUGUCACUCAGGCCACCUGUCUGAGCACCCACAUGGUACUGCAGAGACCUGCCUUCAAUUGGCCAGGGGAUGGGACCUCCACUACACACCCUUCACCACCCUCAAAUAAUUAAGUUACUUCACCCCCAGGAGAGAGGAGCGAGAGCAGACUUGGCAUUCCUUUUUCACAGAUAUAUUAGAGAUGUUGAGAGGUGGUGUAAAGGCCCACUUUACAAGCUCUCCUACAGGACCAACACAUUUUAGCAUAGCGUAAGAAUAUUUAGCCACCACAUUCCUUUAUGUUAAUAAAAAUGUCUCCUAUACCCAGAGAGUGGGAGUUGCCAGAGCUCGGUACAGGUGCGCCCCACCAAAGUGUAUUUUCUCUGCUACGGUUGGUGGAGGGAGUUAGCCCACAUGCGUGCAGGUAGCCCAGGAGUUUGUCUUCAACAUCCCUCAGCUUGCGUGGGUCCCCAGAGGAGCGGUGGUCCUCAUCCAUUCUGACACCCCAGUAUAUGUAGUUAUAUAUGUAAAUACCUAAAUGCCCCAUAGGAUGGGGCUGCCUGUACAGAGCCGCCUUCCCAAACAUGGCCAGGCCACAGAGCCAUGCCGGCUGCUUGGCUGGGAUGUGCUGUUGGCUCAGCUUUGGGGACAGACUCCCAGAUUUAUCCCCCCCCCCCACUUUCCUGGUCUGGCCAGGAUGUACCAGAAUCCGCCCUGCCUCUGCCUUCUCCAGUGCAAGCCUUUCAGGGAGCCACCGUCAGCCUUGGGUUCACAAGAGGAAGAAACCCCCAAAGACCAAUGCCUGGAGCCCGCUUCUCAAGUAACACCUUCCUCCCUCACCAGAGAGGCUCCUCGGGGGAGGAGCGCACCCCACGGGGCACUGCAUCCCUGCAGACGGGCCUGCUGUCUGAGCAUCGCCCAGCAACACCGCCUUCAGGGAACCCAGAGUAACCUACUACCUCCCCAUCGCUCCUGCCCCCACGGCCCCGUUCACACCUGGCACUCCCUGUCACACACUGAUAGCAACCAUCCACACAGCCCUGCGUGGUCUCCCGAGCCGAUGGUGUAGCCGUUACCAAUGUUUACAACCAGGGGCCGCCUCUUCUGAGAUGUGUGUACCCCACGUUCACAAGGCCACUUUUUGGUUUGAGUUCCAUGUCUGUCUGCUCCUGCCCGGCUUUGGCUCACGUGAGCACGUGACUCGGACUUCAUUUCCACCCCUCCCCAUCAAGGCAGUGUGAGGACCGUGUUGGAAUGACCUUGCGUGUACAUAUUAGCACCGCGCCUAGAGUAUUGUACUAUUGUUCUGUAAAGAGGGUGAGAUAGAGCUUAUUGUAAAGCGUCGGGAGAAGUAUAGUAUUGUAUUUGUAACAAUAUCGUUCUUUGUAUACACAGAACUCAAAGAUCUCUAUAUAUAAAUAUAAAUAAAUAUAUAAAUAAACUAUAUCUACACGUGAGCCUGGAAUGUUGACACCGCACACCCACUGAAUGUAUUUCCUCUGACAGUCUGGUCGCCGGCCCGGCUCACCCCCAUUCUCCGUGCCGUGGCCACAGUCGUCUGGUUUGGGGUCGUGAUGUAUUUAAUGUGCUAUCUUCCUUAUUUAACGGAACGCUAAUGUCUGUAUAAGAGUUGCUGCAACAAUAAACAAGACCUUUCCCUCUUGGC